AUGUCAUCAUUACCAAUAAGGUUAAAACCUCCCGGAGUCGAGACUAGGAAGCUUCUUCUCAUAGGAGAUAAAGAAGGAGAUGGGGAACGGGAUCGAGAACGUGAUCGGGAACGCGAUCGGGAACGCGAUCAGGAACGUAAAGAGAAACACAAAGAUCGAGGAGCUUCACAUCGUGACCCGCAUCGGGACUCACACCGUGACUCACACCGAGAUCCACAUCGAGAUCCACAUCGAGAUCCACAUCGUGAACCACAUCGUGACCGUGAAUCCUACGUCUGA